CGCGGCGCGUCGCGUUAUUGGGGCUGGGUGCCUCUACCUCGUUCUACCUUGGGACGGCUGGCUCGCCGGGCCGGGCAGCUUUGUCGGUACAGCCGCGUUGCUGGUAAGGCGUGGGGCAGCCUCCAACGCGCGCGCAGGCCGCGUUGCCCCGGCUUUUUAUCAGCGCCGGUCGCGCUAUAGUGUCGGGCUUUGUAACUCCCGUGCGGGUUCGCGGGGCGUCGGAUCCGUCCCGGGCUGCCGGGCGGAACCGUGCAGGGCGCCGGAGGUGUCGUCGGAGAACCCGCGCGCGCCUGAGAGUCAAUCGAGGCGGCGUCCAAGACGCCAUUUACGGCAAAUUCCAAGCGCGGCAUAGGUGUUGAGGACACAUCACUCGUCGCUGAGCACCGCUGCGGCUGUUUCUUGUGACAGAAAUUGCAGCGCAAGUAGAAGGCAAAAAGAGGCACACCCCUAAAGGAGGUCUCUGUAGCCAUCUGAAAAGGGAGCGAUGCGCCAGGACCUCCUCGACCUCGACCCCUUCAGCGCCGCGCCCUCUGUCCCACCGGACGUGCGCCAGUUCGCCGAGCUCACGGGCGUCGACCACGCGACAGCGACGCGCUACCUCGACGCCGUCAAGGCGCACGGCGGGGGUCUGGAGAGCGCGCUCGACGCUUUUUUUGCGCAGGGCGAGGCGCCGCCGUCCAGACCGCAGGCGCGGCGCGGCACCACGGACGAUGAAAUGGCGGCGCGGCGCCUCGAGGAGGACGAGCGGCGCCGGAGCGGGCGGCACAACUCGCUGGAUGAAGUGGUCGGGAAAUUAAGGGAGAUGGGCUUCGAAGCACCCCUAAUCUUCGAGGCCGCCGAGCGCUGCGACAACCUGGAAGCGGCGACGCAGUACUGUUUGAGUGGCGGCGCGGAACAGCCUACGCCGGUCGUGGCGACGGUGCCCGUCGCGACGGCUGUGAACACAACAAGGCCGCGCGCAAAUUCACAACAGCGCUCCGUCGCGCGCGAGUACGACUCUGCGGCCCGCGUGAAAAAGGCCGGCAAAUUAUACAAGCUUAGUAGAGCAUCUUCACUACGAGGCGCGCGCUGGCAGCGCCGUUCAUUCAUAUUGCGCAACUGCGAGCUCGGGUACGCCGAGGACGCGGCGCCACACGACGCAGCAUUACAACAAGCGCCCCUGAAGGGCGUGAGCGUCUGGGGCUGCUACGCGCUGCGCGAGCCGGCACACCAGGGCAAGGCUCACGUCUUCGCCGUCUAUAGCACGGCGGCCCAGGCCGCGUCGCAGCCGUCGGCGGCGCCGCGGACGACGCUCGCGAUGCUCGCGGCCGACGACGCGGCGACGGCGGCCGACUGGUGCCGCGCCAUCUACGCGGCAGCCGGGCGCGCGGGCAUGCUGCUGCGCGUGGGCGAGGACUCGGACGCGGCAACCCUACUAUGCGUGUGCUGCGCGGACUCGGCGGAGGUGUCGCGGCACCUGCGCGCGGGCGGCGACGACGGUCGCGUCGUCGUCUCAAGGGUAGGCGGCGCGCUGGAGCGCGUCGGGUUAAGGGUAGGCGACGAGCUCACGGCGCUGGACGGGCAGCCGAUCCCGUACCUGGACGCGGACCGCCUGGGCCGGCUGCUGGCCACGGCGCGGCGGCCCUUCGAGCUCACGGUCCGGCGGCCGCGCGCGCCGCGGCGGCCGAGCGGCGCGGGCGGCGCGCCGCCCGCGGCACCGGCGCCGGCGCCGCCCGCGCGGCCCGUCGUCGACCUGCUGGGCCUGGACCUGGAGCCCGCGCCGGCGGCGCCGGCGCCGGCGCUGCCCGAGCCGGCGCCGCUGCUCGCCGUGCCGCCGCCGGCGGCCGACGCGCCCGUCGUCGCGGCCGUCCGGUCCGCGCUCGACAACCAGGCCGAGGGCAAGCGCUGCGCAGCCCGCGGCGACGCCGCCGGCGCCGCCGCGGCCUACCGCCGCGUCGUCGACGACCUGCUGCGGGCGCAGCCGCUCUACGCCGCGUCCCCUGCGAACCAGGCGGCCGUCGCGAGGGCGCUGCCGGGCGUCGACCUCGCGGCGCUCUACGACGAGGCCGUCGCCGGCGUCCGCGCCGGCGAGCGGCCCGCGCCGGCGCCGGUGGCGCCGGUCGCGCCAGUGGCGCCGGCGCCGGUCGUCCCCGCGCGGCCGCAGCUGAGGAGCCUCGCGUCGAUGUCGCGGGACGGCCACGACCCGUUCGCCGACGUCGAGCUGCCCGCGGCGCCGGCGCCCGCGCCGCCUCCGGCGCCCGUGCAGCAGCCGGCGUGGGCGGCGCCGCCCGCGCCCGCGCCGCCGGUCCCCGCGCGCGCGGCGAUGCCGCUGCCGACGCCGCCUUCGGUGCCGGCGCAGCCCAAGGCGGCGCCGUGGCCCGCGGCCGCGGCCCUCGCCGCGCCGGCGCCGGCGCCGCGGCCCGCGGCGGUGCCGCUGCCCGCCGUCCCGGCGCAGCCGAAGCCGCCGUCACCACCACCCCAGCCCGAUCCGGCGCCCGUCGCGGCGAAGCCGAAGCCGCCGCCACCACCACCGAAACCGAAACCGCCGCCGCCGCCGCCGCGCGCCCCGGAGCCGCCCUCGCGGCCCGCGCGCGUGGCGCACCCGUACGACGCCGCGGAGCCGUGGCAGCUGUCCGCCGCGGAGGGCGACGCCGUCAACAUUCUCGAGACGCACGAGGACGGCUGGGCGGACGUCGUCACGUCGGACGGGGCCCGCGGGAUGCUGCCCGUGUCGUACCUCGCCGAGGAGUGA